UGCUCAUUUAAUAUAAUGGCCGUUCAAACUCAGUACCCUUCAAAUGCCCUUUUAAACAGAAAUGGACGGGAGGAGAAUGAGUUUCCAUUCCAGCAACAAGCAGGGGGGGUUUUUCUUGAUCAAUCCCAUAUGCUUUUCAACAACAAUUCCGAUUAUAAUAAUCCACGGAAAAGAGGGAGAGAAGUUGAGGUGGCGGAUAUAACAACGACGCCGAUGAAUUCGUAUUCUUUGCAGACGCAGCCGACUCAGUUGAUCGACAUUUCUCAGCUCCCCCAGCCGAAUAUAGUCUCCACCGGCCUCCGUUUAUCUUUUGACGACCGACAACAAAAAUUACAGAAAAAUCAUAAUCAAAGCUAUCGGCAACAACAAAAUUUUGUCUUGGAUUACUCUGCUUUUUUGCCUAUGGUAUCUGAUGAUUUGGUUACCCAAAUCAAACGCCAGAGAGAUGAAUUGGACUAUUUUCUUCAAUCCCAGGGGGAAGAAUUGCGACGUACUUUAGCAGAGAAAAGGCAGAGACACUACUGUGCACUACUGGAGGCGGCGGAGGAAUCGGCGGUGAGGAGUUUAAGAGAGAAGGAAGCUGAAGUGGAGAAAGCAAAGCGGCGGAACGUCGAAUUAGAGACACGGGCGGUUCAGCUUAGCUUGGAGGCACAGGUUUGGCAGAAGAAAGCCAGGACACAGGAGGCGACGGCGGCUUCCUUACAAGCGCAGCUUCAACAAGCUAUAAAGAGCGGCGGAGGAGCUGCAGGGCAGGAUAGCAUGAGAGGAGAGGAAGGACGAAAGUGCGUCGGCGGAGGAUUGGAGUCCCAGGCGGAGGACGCCGAGUCAGCUUAUGUAGACCCGGAACGGGUGGCCGCUUCGGGCCCGUCGUGCAAGGCGUGUAGGACGCGCGUUGCGGCGGUGGUGUUGCUGCCAUGUCGACAUCUUUGCUUAUGUACGGCAUGUGACCGACUGGCUCAAACCUGCCCGAUUUGCCUCACUGUCAGACAUUCUAGCGUCGAGGUUUUUCUUUCUUGAAAAAAAAAUAACCUUCCAAGUAAAAUAAUGGAGUAACCGAGUAAGAAUUUACAGUCCCCUCAAUAUUUUUUUGUCUAAUAUUUGGUUGUUUUACUCAAGAACCGGACAUUUUACCCUUUUUCUUAAUUUUACUUCUACUUGGUUCUCCCUCUUGGAGGUAGUGUACAUGGUCACUUGGGCAGUGACAUUGUUUCUUCAUCUCUUUUUUAUUUAUUUUAUUUAAUUAAUAUAUAAACAUUCUUU